UUCUGUUUUAUGUGUUUAAUAUCAAAUUUUAAUCUUCUGAUUAAUUAUAUUCUUACUUAACAAUGUAAUUUUACAAUAUUAUAAUUAAACAGUUACUAAUUAGCUAGUUUGGGGUGCAUUGUUAAUUAUGUUUCUGAUGUGUUGAAUGUUCAUUCAUUUGAAAAUAUUGAUUGAAAAAGAGAAAAUUGUAAAGUGUUCUGCCUUAUUGGAUGAUAAAAUCGAAAGUUCUAUAUAUAGAAAAUUCAAUAAUGUUGUAAAAAGUUGAUAGAGAGUUUCUUUUUGUCGAGGAAAUUCGGUGUGAUGUCACGAGUUUAAUGGUUUUUAAUAUUUAAAGUUGGAAGGUGUUUUCUUUUUUACGUAGGAAGCGGUUUGUUACAAAAUUGGUUAUCUUAUUAUAAACCUGUGCUAGAUUUUUGGAUGUAUUUGAUUGAGGUGGAGUAUUAGCGAAGUUUCUUCUGGGUGGUUUAUAGAAUUGAGUCUGUUCUCGGAAUUUGAUCGGUUAAUUUUGAUUAAACUUUGUUAUUUUAAGUAAUAUGAGAUGAGGAAAUUAAAGAUGUAAUGAAAUUCGGCGUCCAUGAUUUAAUUGUGUUCAGUCAGAAAACAAGCAGUAUCUAGUUUCUGCUUUAUUUUCAUGCCCGUUACGGGUUCGGUCAGUUUUGCAUUUAGAGCAAAGGUUGGGAUUUUGUGUACAUAGAUCAAUGUACAUGUAAAAAUUUUUGCAGCCCUAAUCUACUUUUAAAUCUGGAUAUUUAGAAUAGCAGUUGCUAUCUCUUAUCACUUCAACCAUUUGGCCAUUGUUUAUUGUGGUAGGAUGCUAGCUAUUAAUAAAUGGAAAUUUAUUGAUCAUCAAUAAAUAAGAUAGUUUGUUAAGAUUUUAUAUAAUGUGGUAACAAUUGUUUGAAUAAAUGAACAUACGGUGACAAUUAUAAUGGAUACAGGCACUGCUGUAACUGCACAACAAAAUACUUCUUCAGUGAUGGAAAUUCGUCACAUACUUCAUAUUAUUCGAUGUGGUUUAAUGCUGAUAUACGUUGUUCUUAACAAUUUAUAUACUAUCCCUUCCUAUCUUUUAUGGUGUUGGCUGUUCCUGUUUCCAAUUAGAGUGGUACAUCCGAAUUUUUAUUGGUACUUAGAAGGUAAACUUUUGAAAUGGAUGCUGUGUUCAGUAGCAUCAUGGAGUUGGUGGGCUAAAUAUUAUAUUGUAGAAAUAGGAGAAGAUAUCACACCCUGUUUGGAACAGCGUUGUUUAAUUUUGGUUAAUCAUCAAUCGACGAGUGAUGUACCACUUUUAAUGACUGCCUUCGAGAAUAAGACUGGAGUUCUAGAAGGUGUAUUGUGGAUCAUGGAUCAUUUGUUUCGAUACACCAAUUUUGGUCUUGUCUCAUCAACUCGUGGAGAUUUUUUUAUAACUCAGGGUAAAAAUGUACGCAGUAGUCAAUUAAAAUCUUUAGAAGAUCAUCUUUUCGAUGUUUAUAUGCCUCGUACAAGACAGUGGUUAGUGCUGUUUCCAGAAGGUGGAUUCCUGAGAAAAAGAAGAGAAACAAGUCAAAAGUAUGCUAAGAAAAACAAUUAUCCCUUUUUGCAGCAUGUAACACUGCCUCGAGUAGGAGCUAUGUAUACCAUUAUAAAUUCACUCCGUCCUGGGAAAGUGGAAGAGAAUUUAAAACAAAGAAGGAACUCAGAUAUACUUAAUAAGAAGCAAAAAGAACCAUUACGAUGGGUGAUUGAUAUAACUAUAGGCUACCCGGACGGAGGGAAACCGUUAGAUCUCCCAACCAUAUGCUCUUCAUACCGUCCUUCGUGUACCACUUACUUUCAUUAUCGAUGCUACCCUAUAGAUGAUGUGCCUGAAGAUAUGGAAUCCAUGAAACAGUGGUUGUAUGAUCGUUGGGUAGAAAAAGAACAUCUAUUAGAUGAAUAUUAUAAAACAGGAAAAUUUCCUCAUAAAUCUAUACGGGGUGAUUCUAAUUCCAAUAAUUACAAAUUAAUGUCUCAACCAACAAAAGUGAUUUUUAGUGACUUUUAUAUUGCUUUUUGUCAUUUAUUUUAUGUUGUAUCAUCCUUUUUACAUUAUUAUAUUCUUGGGCAUAUGUGGCAAUUUGUAUAUACUUUUUGAACUUCUAAUUAAUCAAAAAUUUCGUUUUUUUUCUUUCUAUGCAAAAAUAAGAAUUUUUUAUUGGCAAUAUCAAAUUAUUAAGUUAUGCAAAAUAUCCUACUGGUACUAUUUAAAAUCUUUUAAAACAUUUGACGUAGUAGAGUCAAGAAUCAAUCAUAAAUUGUUCCAUGUUAGUUUCAUUAGUAUAUUUUUUAGCUUAGUUAAUCAUUCCUAUAUUCCAGAUUGUUCCAAAGACAGUAUUGUAUUUUUAUGAAUGACUAACAAUAUCAAAGGUAAAUCGAAGAUUUAUUUUAGAACAUAAGCAAUUACAGAUCUGUGAUAUAUAACUAGCCUUUUGGCUUUUAAUCACCUUGGUGUCUUCGAUAAUUUUUGUAAACUUCUCACAUUUACAUUCUCUAAGCUUCCAUAUAAUUUAUUCUGUAGCACUUGCUUCCAAUUUAUUCUUAUUUUGAUACCUAGUAGGAUACAUAUCAUGCAAAAUUAUUUAAAUAUUUUAUAUUCUAAAUCUUUACUUUAGUUGUCUUCUUUCAUAUGAUGAUUUAAUCUGAUACU